GAGAUGGGUUUUCCCAGAAAAACGCGGUUUAGUUUUGGUCGCUAAAAAAUAGAGAUAUGAGUCGUUGAAAAUGACAGAGUCCUUUUGUCUCCAAAACUCGGAGCCCUUCUCUCUGAGACCUUGACCCCCACCUAAACCCCUCUCUCUUCUCUGCAUUCCAUCCAAUCGAAGAAGCUCGUUGUGCAGAGAGAGAGAGAUUGAAGAAGACGAGGGGGAUUCGCUCUAGCUCUUCAAUAUCUCUUACCGUUUGAAAUCAGCAAAAUUUGUAGGAUCAAUUUCGGCGGUGACGGAAUGGGUUGCACUUCCAGCAAAGGCGUCGACUCGAAGGCGUCCAGGACGGCGCGGUGGCGAUCCACCGGCAUUGUUGCUCUCCGCGACUCUAAAUUGAAGACAUUUCCGGAUGAAGUUUUUGAUCUGGAGAGAUCAGUACGCACUAUUGAUCUGACACGCAAUAAAAUAGCUGAUAUUCCUAUGGACAUUGGCAAGUUAAUAAAUCUGCAGAGACUGGUCUUAGCUGAGAACCUUAUUGAUCGACUACCUAUGCAUGUGUCAAAAUUAGAGUCCCUGAAAGUUAUGACGCUUGAUUCAAAUCGAAUUACUUCCUUGCCUGAUGAAUUGGGACAAUUGGUCAGGCUUGAGCGAUUAUCAAUUUCUAAAAAUUCUUUGUCAUGUUUGCCUGAGACUAUCGGAAGCUUGCGCAAUCUAGUGCUGUUAAAUGUAUCAAACAACAAGUUAAAGUCUCUUCCCGAAUCAGUUGGGAGUUGCUUCUCUCUAGAAGAAUUACAAGCAGAUGAUAAUUCAAUUGAAGAUCUUCCUGAAUCCGUCUGCAAUCUUGGUCACUUAAAGUCGCUUUGCUUGGACAAUAAUAAUGUGAAGCAGAUACCGACCAAUCUAAUGAAAGACUGUAAAGCUCUGCAGAAUAUUUCCCUGCACGGAAAUCCUAUAUCAAUGGAUCAGUUUCAGCAAAUGGAAGGAUUCCAAGAAUUUGAAGCAAGGAGGAAGAAGAAGUUUGACAAACAGAUUGACUCAAAUGUAAUGAUCAGUUCUAAAGGCCUUGAUGAAGGUGUUGAUCAUUGAGGGUAUGGCUCUGACAUGUGGAAACAAAAUCAAGUCGCCGAGGCCAUUUCAAUUUGAAAGCAGGGUUCGUUUCAUGGAUGCUGUAACUUCAUCUAAGCUUUUUCUGUGGCUCGGGGGACAACGACAUUGCUGUUCAUAAUCUUUUUCACAUGCAUAAUAAAAAGACAUCAAGCACUACUACUGUUUUCUUCAACACUUGCUUCUUACUGGCAAGCAUGUAUAGAAAGGGUGGGGACUUGUUCCAAAAUAUAACUUAAUUUUGAGUAUUGUGAUUCUUAGUACAUAUAUACUCGUAUAUGUUACAUCUAUCGGUACUGAGAAAAGUGAUCGAAUACAUUGAAAUUAUUGAACUCUUGAAUUCAAAGCUCAUCUUUCUCC